CAAAAAUUUGGGAUAACUUUGCUUGGAGAUGGUAUUUCAAAAAAACACAUUAGGCUAUAACAGAUCCUUCACACUUAGCAGUAGGAAUAAGGUGUUUUAGAGAGUUUUUGCUUUACCUCCCUCAGCUUUGUGCUCACUGUGUGUUGCGGUGCAGUAAAUGUGGCUUAAAGAAAUGAGCCUUUGUGAAGUUAUAAUGAUACCCCACAGAAACACAAACCUCCUGGAUAAGUAAUUUGAAGUUAAAAAAAAGAAAUCUUCAGCAUAAAAAAACCUAAUUUGAAUUCUUUAUCCUUAAAAAUGUAUAUUUUAAAACUUUUUUCCCCUGUGUGGUUGUCUGUUGCUGCUCUUUUUCUGUCCCACUAGGACCUUUCAUCACUCUAUUUUAAAGUGUCUCUUUAUACCUCGCCGGUCCCUCCUGCUCCACCAACGCGUUGUCUGUUUAUUUGUUCCUCUCCUCUAUUUUAGGACUGAUUUCCGCUUUCCUCAGACUUUGGCAGGAACAAACAGAUGUAUAAAUUUAUAUCACAUUGUAAAGGCUUUACUUGGUUGAAAUGAAGCUGCACAAGGCAAUGUAAAUCUUGCAAUGUCUUUAAUCAAUUAAAAAUGUGUAAAUAAUUCAGCUUAUGCAAGUGUCAUAAUUGUUAACCUUUUUACAGUUCUUUUUCUUUUCCCAAACUUGCAAGAAACUAAAUCAAAGAGAUGAGCAUAUGUGUUGGACAUCCAUAUAUAUAUUCUAAAUUAAAGGAGAUCUGUUUGCUUCAUUUUAAUAAAAAGGGAGAGAUAAUCUGUAGUGUUUGUCUAAAAAUAGAAACCACGCUCUCUGUAUCUAUUGUCCACAGCUGUUUACUCUGUUGCUUUUUUGUGAAGCAUGGGCUAUAAGAGGUGGUGUGUGUGAGCUCUGAACACAGCAGGGGUACAGUAUAGCAGAGCAGACACAAUGGUUAGACAUACGUUCUCUAAUCUUGUACUUCUUUGGUCAGUUACCCUUGGCUUUUACAGACCUGGAGGGACUCGUCAUGCUUCAAAGAAUCAGUCCUGGAACAAUCAGAACCUCUCCUCUGUCCCCUUGGAUCUGGAUGUAAGGCUCCGAAAGCUCGACCUGUCAAAUAACUUCAUCACACAGCUACAUGCGUUUGCUCUGCCGUGCUUGGAGGAGCUUGACCUGAGCGGCAACCAGAUGGAUCUUAUCUCCGAGGCGGCUUUUGGAAACCUGGCCCGGCUUGAACAUUUGAAUUUGUCCAGGAAUCGACUGAGCGUCAGCCUUGGCAGCAACAGCAAAGCCCUCAGAUCCCUCGGCGGACUCAGGAGCUUGGAUAUAUCAAUGAACGGCUUGAGUAAUGGCGCUGCUGAGCUAUUACUGAGAAACAAGUCUUCCCUUGAUCAACUUAAGAUGACUGGUAAUGUUUUAAUAAAACUGUCACCCAGCCUGUUUCGAGAGAGCAAAAGUAUAAGGAGUCUUAUUAUUGAGGAUAAUCUGAUAUCAGAAAUAGCACCGCAGACGUUUGAACCACUAAGCCGAUUAGAAUCUCUCAACUUGGCAAGAAACAAUCUUGCAUUUAUCUGUGAUUUUACGUUGCACCAGGUGAAAUAUCUGAAUCUCAGCAGAAAUUUAGUGGAGUUCUUUGUUACUCCAGAGGAUGCUGUGUUGUACAAUCUUGAAGUUCUUGACCUCAGUCACAACAAGCUGUUAUACUUCCCAAUCCUACCAAAAACGAAUCGACUAAAGUAUCUACAUUUGCAGAACAAUUUGCUUGGUGCUCUGGAUUCAGAGGCUGUGAUGGUAACUGAAGUAAACUCUCUUUAUCAGGGCGUUGUAAAUGAGACGAUACUUCAAAAUAAUUAUUUUCAUGCAAACUGGAGGCUAAUGCCACUGGUUUACAUUGACCUGAGCUUUAACCGCUUUGGCUCUUUUCCUCUUGAGACGUUGAGCUUGCUUAACUCUUUAGAAGCACUCAAUUUUAGCUACAACUGUUUGCAAAACAUAAACUGGGAUGUUAGAAAUUAUAGUGAUCCGCGGCAAGUUCGUCAGAUAAUUUUCCAUUCCUUAAAGCACCUCGACUUGCAGGGCAACGAUCUGCCCCAUCUGCCCCUGGUCUUCCUCAAGACACUCACACAAAUCGAAACACUAAAUCUACAAGACAAUUCUUUGCAACCGUGCAGCAUUUUGAGUGGAUCUUUGUCAAAAAAUCAUAUAGAUUUUGAUUAUUCCUGCACUGCAUUUGGGCAGCUGAAGACUCUUAAACACCUCAAUCUUAGAGAAAAUGACAUAAAAAUACUUCCGCCAAAUGCCUUUCAGGGGACCUCACUCAUUUCCUUAAAUCUUGCCAAAAACCUCCACAUGCUAAUACAUGAGAUGGCACUGGAAGGUGUGCAAACAACUUUACAGUCUUUGAUAAUCAGUGGGAUAAACAUAAACAGCUCGGGUCUGUCUUUACCCUGCAUGCCUGCACUGACUGAGAUCAACAUAUCAAACAACAAACUUAAUGCAACACUUAGUAGCUUAGGGUGCUCUCCUCUUAAAGUAAUCGAUGUAAGAAACAACGACUUUAUGACCCUAAACUAUUCUUUGGUUGAGGCUGUAUCCACAAAUCUGACUACAGUGUAUAUUAGUGGCAACCGUUUCAACUGCUGUGACAGCAGAUGGUUGACAGUCAUGAAUGACAUGAGGGUUAAGCUGCCCGACAUUAGCCAGGCCGAAUGCUUUACACAAGUGAGAAACUUAACGAUGUCAGAAUACCUAAAAAGUCCUUUGUUUUACUGUUCCUUUGAAAGAAAUGGGCAGGGAGUUCAUUUUGGAGGAAUGGUCAUAACGUUGUUAUUUGUGACUGUAUUGUCAUUAGUGCUCAUUUUUUUUAGCAGGAAGCUUUGUUGCACUCAAAGAUCUUCUGUGGUGUGAUAUUUACAAAGUCUGCACAGUGUAAAGCUCUAUCUAAAUGUUGGAAUACUGCUCUUUCUAUAACGUGGAAUGAUUAUGGAACAUACAAUUGCAAUAAUGUUCAAAAAACAAGACCUGGGUGGUUUGAGAUAAUUUAUUCUUGACGUUCUUGAAUCCAUGGUGUCAAAAAAAUCUAUGUUUGUACAGAAAGUAGUCUGUUUGAAAAUGGGUGAUUUGUGGAGCUUUAAUCAAUAACUG